AUCCUUUGUAAGCCAACUCCAUUUGAAUCAAAUCAUCUUCAAGAUAAAGAACUUCUAGCUGGUCAAGAUUAUUUACGUUUACAUCCAGUCUCGGAUACUGUAUUUUUUAUAUUUACAAAAGGUAUAUUUGAUUAUGAACAGAUUCAAUAUGCUUCAUUAUUAAUUGAUUGUUAUGAUUUAGCUGAUAUAGAACCAUUCAAUAAAGUAAAUUUCAGUUUACAACACUCCCAUGAGAAGGAUCUAUUGAAUCAUCUAUAUCAAUUUCGGAUCACUGUAGCUAUCUCUGAUCAAAAUGAUAAUAUACCUAUAUUUAAACAAUCCAAAUAUUAUAUUAAAAUACCAGAACAUCUAUCAGAUGGAUCAUAUAUUACUGAAAUGAAAGCCUAUGAUUUAGAUAAAGGUGAAUAUGGACAAUUAACUUAUCAAUUAAAAUCAAUUACAUUCAAUUACAUUGAUGAUCAUGAUGAUCAUGAACAUGAUCAUGAUGAAGAAGAUCCAGAUCAUUCAAACUAUUCAAGACAUCCACAAGAAUAUGAACAACCAUUUGAAAUUCAUCCCCUAAAUGGUAUCAUUACAGUAUUACAUAAUCAGUUAUUAGAUCGUGAACAAAUUGAAUAUUUUCAUUUAAAUAUAUUAGCUAUAGAUAAAGGAAAUUUAACUACUCAUACACAAUUAAUCAUACAAUUAAUCGAUAUUAAUGAUCAUUUACCAAUAUUAUAUAAUAAUAAUCAUAUCAAUAUUGAUUUUCAAGAAAAUCAAAAAAUCAAUACUUUUAUUGAUUUUAUACAUUUAAUUGAUUUAGAUAAAGAUUCCAGAAAUUCAUUGAUACAUUUAUUAUUAGAUAAUAAUCAAUCGAUCAAUAAUCCAUUAAUCGAUAACCAAUCAAUCGAUAAUCAAUAUAAUCAUUAUAUUAAAAUUAUAUCCGAUAGAAAUUUUCAUUAUAAACAAAUCAAUCAAAAUGAAUUAAUGAAUGAAUAUGAAUUAAAAGCGAUAUUGAUUAAUCAAUUAAUUAUUGAUCGUGAAAAAAUCAAUAAAAUUUUUUAUCAAAUUAUUACAUAUAAUACUGAUAAUAAUAAUAAUCUAAAAUCAAUAAAUAGUAUCACUUAUACAUUAACUAUCAAUAUAUUAGAUGAAAAUGAUAAUAUACCAAUAUGUAUAUAUCCUAUUUAUAAUAGUAUUAUUGGUGAUUAUGAUCCAGAUCCAGAUCAUGAUCCAGAUCAAGAUCAUUCCAUAAUGAUUUAUACAAAUACACCAAUUUAUACAUUCGUUAUACAAUUGAAAGGUUAUGAUCCAGAUCAUGGCUUAAAUGGUACAAUAUUAUAUCAAUUAAAUCCAUUGACUAAUGGUAGUCAAUAUUUUUAUUUAAAUGAAUCGAAUGGUAAAUUAUAUACAAAUUGGUUCAUGGAUUCAGCAUAUGAUUCCACAAUGAUUAAUAUGGAUACGAAUCCAUCAUAUGAUCCACCUAUUGAAGGGAUCUAUCAUAUCAAGAUAUCACUUAAAGAUAUGGAUACAAAUAUCAUUCAUCAAUCAAUAAAUGAUCAUCUAAAUGUCAAUACUACUACUAGUAGUGAUACUACUAUUAAUACUACUUAUAAUGAUCCUUUUGAUUACACCAAUCAUUUACAUACAAAUCCAAUCUGUUCAUUACCUUUCCCAUAUGACACUGGUAACCAUAGCAACAACAAUAAUAAUAAUCAAUUGAUAGGACAAAAGUAUACUUCAUUCAAUACAUCAAAUCUAUCAACUAAUCAUUUGAAUAGUUCUAUGAAUGGAACAUUGACAAAUGAUCAUUUUAAUCAUGAUGUAUAUAUACAAUCAUCAUUACAUAGAACAAUUGGAAAUUCUAUUGUUUAUUCAACAUAUACGAAUUCCUAUUUAUCACCUAUAUAUGAUCAUAGUUAUUAUGAUGAUCAAUAUCAAAAUCAACAAAGAAAUAUGAAAUUCAAAUGA